AUGUCCACAUCGACCGUGGCGGAAUCCAAAUCCAAAUCCAAAUCCAAGGCCAAGUCUAACUCAGAGAAUCAGCACGUGGAGCUAAACUCUCGGCCUACGACUGUCGAGUAUGAUUUCUCGUCCCGUCCGCAGCCGUUCUUGGAUCCGGCGUUGUGGGCGAACGUGAAGGCGGUGGAUCGGCUGCGGAGGGAGGGUGAAGGGGUCGGGGAGGGAGAUGUUUACGUGAAAGAGAAGGAGGAGGAGUUGAGGAGGAAGAGGGCGAGGGAGGCGGAGUUUGGAGAGAUGGCUGUUCGGGGGAGGAUGGGGAGGUGGAAGUGA